AAUGGGUUGAAAACUUUGAAAACACUGAGUUUUCAAUUUAUUCUUAUCGUGCGCCAGAUCGAGGGCUCGUGAACUCAUUUCAGACGCGCUCCAAUGGCAAUUAGGGUUUUCUUGUUCGCUCUUCUCCUCCUUGCAUCUCCCUUCCUCCAAGUUUCUAGGUGCCAAUCUGACUCCGAAGUCGAAGUAGCUGAAGUUGCUGAAGGGGAUGAUCUUGGGAUUGUUGGUGAUGAUGUCCAAGUUUAUGGUGAUGGGAACUUUAAUCCAGCUCCGGGAGUUGAUACCGUCUGUGUUUUCCCCAAAAAUACAGCACGUUUGGUUCCUGCAGGGGAAGAAACUGAACUACUAGUUGGAGUUAACAAUGAAGGCGAAUCAAGUUUGAAUAUCAUUGCCAUUAAGGCUAGCGUUCAUCUUCCUUUUGAUCAUCGGCUGCUGGUCCAAAACCUCACUGCACAGGUUUUUAACAAUGCAACGGUUCCAUCUUCUGCUCAGGCUACUUUUCCAUACAUAUUUUCUGUUUACAAGUACUUGCAGCCUGGGUCAUUUGAUCUUGUGGGUACAAUUGUUUACGAGAUAGAUCAGCAACCAUUCCAGAGCACUUUCUACAAUGGUACCAUUGAAGUUGUUGAGGCUGGUGGUUUUCUCAGUGUUGAGUCUGUUUUCCUUGUUACCCUUGGACUUGCUCUACUUGGCCUUUUUGGAUUGUGGAUGUAUGGUCGAAUUCAGCAGCUUUCCAAGAAAACUAAGAGGGCACCCAAGGUUGAAGUGGGGACUGGAACAACUGAUGCUUCAAUGGACGAAUGGUUGGAGGGAACUGCAUAUGCUCAAUCGCUGUCCAAGUCAAAGAAGAAGAAAUAGAUUGUCUAAUCACUCAGACUAGGUAUUUGCGGCUUGUACAAGGGCCCAGAUGUUGAGUAGUUUUUUCAGAGAAAAGAACAGAAAGAGCCUGCCUGGCAUUUGUAGCAUGUGGAAGAAGUUUGUAUGUUUUCUUGCGGUUAGUACUGUUUAGAAUUGAGCUUCUGACGCAAAAACUACACCGAGGGGUUUUAGGCAAGAAAGGAAAAAACAAUUUUGUUUAACCCACUAGAUAGUUUUUGUUCCCCAUUUGGAUGAUACACUUUUUCUAUUUGAUGAUGCUAGAUCUAGUUCGUGCAGGUGCAGCUUGUUUCCACAAAGGUAAUGGCAUGGAAGCAAACUGGAAGUCGUCAUACUUGGUAGCAUUCUUUCGAUCUGCUUCCUCUCUUGGUAGGAUAUGUGCUGAUUUGCACUUGGGACUCCUGGACCCUGGAUGCUAGUAGGCAUGUAACAGAAACAGACUAGUUUGACUAAUAAGAUAUAUUGUUGACCUUAACACUA